CUCUCUCUCUCUCUCUCUCUCUCUCUCUCUCUCUCCCUCUCCCUCUCCCUCUCCCUCUCCGCGAAGAAACGUCCUUCCCGUUGCGAAUGACUUUUUGUCCAAAAGUUAAUGCAGAGGAUUGAAGCUGCGGUUUUCGCCAUCGAAGUUAGUUGAAGAAGCUCAAGCUCUAAUCUAUGCAGCCAAGUGGGUCAUAAUCGGUUCAAGGAUCUGUCAUAUUAACCGUCAAUCAAGAUAUCCAGUUUGAGCAGUAUCUGUAACAUGGGCACUAGUGAAGAGGCCAAGGCUGUGAAGUCUGAAAAACCAUCUUCACCAACGCAGGAUCAGAACAAUGGGUCAAAUUCGGCCAGUAUUCAUGUUUUUCCUGAUUGGGCAGCCAUGCAGGCAUAUUAUGGUCCUAGAGUUGCAGUUCCACCAUACUACAACUCUGCUGUGGCUUCAGGUCAUGCUCCUCACCCUUAUAUGUGGGGCCCACCACAGAUGAUUCCUCCGUAUGGCACUCCCUAUGCAGCAAUCUAUUCUCAUGGAGGUGUUUAUGCACAUCCUGCAGUUUCUAUGGGACCACAUUCACAUGGCCCUGGUGUUCCCUCAUCACCUGCUCCUGCUGCAAAUCCUUUGAGCAUUGAAGCACCUUCAAAGGUUUCUGGAAACAGUAGUCAAGGUUUAAUGAAGAAACUGAAAGGUUUCGACGGCCUGGCAAUGUCUAUCGGCAAUGUUAAUACUGAGAGUGCUGAUGGGCCCAGUGAGCACGGACAAUCAGAGAGUAUGGAAACUGAAGGUUCCAGUGAUGGAAGUGAUGGAACUACUGCUGGGGCAAAUCAAACCAAAAGGAAAAGAAGCCGUGAGGGCACACCUACCACUGGUAAAGAUGCAAAAAUUGAGACACAAGGAAGUCCAGUUACUCCUGCUGAAAUGAACGAAAGCUCUAGCAAGUUAUUGGGUAUAAUCAAAGCAGCUGAUGCAACUGGAAAGCUUGGAUCUGUGAUUUCUCCUGGAAUGUCUACAGCUCUGGAACUUAGGAAUCCUUCUAGUAUGAACACCAUUUCAGGUCCAACGAGCUUCCCACCUUGUUCGGUAUUGCCUUCUGAAGUCUGGCUUCAGAAUGAAAAAGAACUAAAACGGGAAAGGAGAAAACAGUCGAAUAGAGAAUCCGCUAGGAGGUCGAGGUUAAGGAAGCAGGCUGAGACUGAAGAACUAGCUCAUAAAGUCGAUUCACUGACUGCGGAGAACGUCGCUAUUAGAUCUGAAAUAAGUAGAUUGUCGGAGAAUUCCGAGAAACUUAAGCAAGAAAACGCUACAUUGAUGGAGAAGCUUAAAAGCGCUCAAUCAGGUCGAACAGAAGCAUUAGACAUGAACGAAAAAAGGACAAAACAUCUUGUAAGCACAGACAUCAAAGGACCUGUGAACAAAAGCAUCAACGAAGAGAGUAACAUCUGCAAGAAGAAAUCGAGUUCGGGAGCAAAGUUGCGUCAACUCUUGGACACGAAUCCAAGGGCCGACUGCGUUGCCGCCAGCUAAAAGAACAAGUUUAGGUGCAGUUUCUUUUUCAUGUGGUUUUGGCAUAUUACAAGCCCAAAAUUACUGCUAACAAAAAUUACUAAGAAUGAAAACAGCUGAAUAGGAUGUGUCUGUGAGAAAGGGCAGACUCUAAUUUUAAUGGUUAGUUUGUUGAAUAGUUGUAUGAUUAUGUGUAACUAUAAUGAGUAUUGGGGUUGGCAACUGUUGGAGAUUUUUUAGAAUUUUAGCUUUAGAUCUCUAUGCGCACCUCGUACCAGAUGAUAUCUCAUCAUUUGGUGGGUAGAGGUUGAGCCCUUUUAUGAAUUGUCAAUGAAAAAUUGCAUCUAUUUUUGGUUGCUGCUUUGUAUGAAUGAAUUUAGGCUGCUCGGACUUUGCGUUUCAA